AUGCCACCAUUUGCUCAGAAAUACGGCGACGGCACUGCACAGCUUGCUCCCGGUGUUCCUGCGCUGUCGUCUCAGGACCAGUCUCUGCUCGUUUCAGUCCCGAACUCUGGGUGUUUGCUGGGUCUCCCACUAGCGGCGUACCUUGGUGAUCGAAUCGGGAGGAAGAGAACGCUUCUCGUGGGUUGCGUGAUCAACAUUGCUGCGGCCAUUCUCCAGGUUGUGGCUCCUAACAUGGCCGCAAUGGUUAUCGGUCGAUGGUUCACCAAUGCGUCCAUCUUCAUCUUCAUCACCAUGGCUUCCACCCUCAUGGCCGAGACCAGCCCACCAGCGAUCCGUGGAAUAAUCACUGGCUUGUCCAUCGUCCUAAUCGAUGCCUCGGCCAUCCUGGCCACCGGAGUCAAUUACGCUUUCAGCAAAGGCACCACGGCCAGGGCCUACCGUGUUCCCUUGUCCAUUCAAAUCAUCUUCGGCUUCGUCAUUCUGGUCUCGACUCUGUUCGUCUCAGACUCACCGUCCUUCUUCUUGACCAAGAGCAAAGACGUCGAAGCGUUGUCCGCACUUCGAUUACUGCGACGCGGAUACACCGAGACAGAGAUCCUGGCCGAAUUCGAAGACUUGAAGGCGCAGAAGGCCAUUCGCGAGGAGACGGAGCAGGUUCCAUUCAAAGCAUUGUUCCAAGGCACCGACCUUCGCAGAACGCUCCUGGCCUUGUCGAUCCCGAACAUGCAGCAGAUGUCCGGCAUUGCAUUUGCGACCAAUUACGUCGUUGUCUUCCUUAGCACGAUUGGCAGCACGGUCAGCCCAUUUGUGCUAUCGAUGGUGGUCGCCCUACUUGCUUUUACCGGAGCUAUCGUUGGAUUGUUCCUCGUGGACAAGGUGGGACGGCGUGUCCUUGCGCUCACGUCCUUUAGCGCGCUCUUCGUCAUCAACAUGAUCGUCGGUAUUAUGGGCUUCCUUCCGGUCACUAACCCCAUGGUCCCUAAGGUCAUCGCCGCUUUCUGCUGCAUGUUCGGCUUCUUCUUUGCGGUCGGAUUCGGUCCAUUGACGUACGUUGUCGCCGCUGAGAUGCCCACAGCUCGAUUGCGCAACAGAUCCAGCUCCUUCACAUUCCUUACACUAGCCUGUUUUGCGACGGUGGUGACGUACGUCCUGCCAUACAUUGUCAACAAGGAUGCAGCCGGUCUUGGUCCCAAAACCUACCUCAUCUUCGCAGGGUGGAUGGCAGGUUGCAUCGCCGUCAUCUAUGUGUAUCUCCCAGAAACACAAGGACGCUCUCCAGCGGAGCUUGAUGAGAUGUUCGGCGCUGGGAUUCCGGCGAGGCAGUUCAAGCAUUAUGUCUGUCAGGUCUCCGUUGAUGCACACAUCCUGGCGGAGAAGGAGGCGGCGGUCGAACAGGCUGUCACCAUCGAGAGGAAGGAAUGA